AUGGCCGGGCUCGGGAGCGGGCUGAGCGGCGCGGCCUUCUCCGGCCUGCGCCUCCUCCUCUUCCUCGCCCUGCUGUGGCCCAGCAGCGUCGACGGCGGCGCCUGGGACCCGGCGGGAUAUCUCCUGUAUUGCCCCUGCAUGGGGAGAUUUGGGAACCAGGCGGACCAUUUUCUGGGCACCUUGGCAUUUGCCAAGAUGAUAAAUCGGACCUUAGCCGUACCCCCCUGGAUUGAGUACCGGCAUCACAGGCCUCCAUACACAAACCUGCACGUUCCCUACAAGGAAUAUUUCAAGGUCGCCCCUCUCCUGGAAUACCACCGGGUUAUCACCUUGGAGGAGUUCAUGGAGAAGCUGGCUCCCGUCCACUGGCCUCCCGGCAAGAGGGUAGCAUUCUGCUUUGAAGCCGCGGCCCAGAGGAGCGCCGAUAAAAGGACAUGCCCCAUGAAGGACGGAAACCCCUUUGGGCCCUUUUGGGAUCAGUUUGACGUGGAUUUCGAUAGUUCGGAGCUGUUUGGAGGCCUCUCCUUCGGUGCCUCUUAUAAGGACCACUGGAUCCGAAGGUUUCCGCCCUCUGAAUAUCCUGUUCUGGCCCUCCCGGGGGCACCAGCCCAGUUUCCGGUUCUGGAGGAGUACCGGCCUCUGCAUCGGUUUGUGGUGUGGUCUGACAACCUGGUGAACAAGGGAGAGUCCUACAUUAAUUCCUUCCUAGUCAGACCCUACGUGGGAAUACAUCUCCGACUGGGCUCAGAUUGGAAAAACGCAUGCAAGAUGUUGACGGAUGGCACAGCUGGGUCUCAUUUAAUGGCUUCGCCUCAGUGCGUGGGCUACGACCGCAACACCGCUGCCCCUCUCACCACGGACAUGUGUCUGCCAGACCUAAAGGAAAUCCAGCGUGCUCUCAAGCUCUGGGUGGAGGCGGUCAAAGCGAAAGCUGUGUACGUUGCCAGUGAUUCUGAGCCCUACACCAAUGAGAUACAGCAGCUCUUCAGUGGAAAGGUCAAGGUGGUGUACCUGCAGCCCGAAGUGGCUCAGAUAGACCUGUACAUCCUCGGCCAGUCCGACCAUUUCAUCGGCAACUGUGUCUCUUCCUUCACCGCCUUUGUGAAACGGGAGCGCGACGUCCACGGGAGACCGUCCUCCUUUUUCGGCAUGGACCGCCCCCCCGAGCUGCGAGACGAGCUGUAGGUGGCCCGCGGAGGACCAGUCGCCUCUUCCCUUCAGUCCUCCCGUGACGCACGAUCGGGAUCGACACUGGGCUCUGUGGAAAGCAAAGUCCUCGCACAUCCGGACAAGCCGAGUGGUGAAUCGCUGCUCGAUGCUGGAGGCUGAAACCAGGAGGAAGGGUCUUCUCGCCGUUGGAGAGAAAUCGUCAUCACCCAGUCCACUCAACUUGCUGCUUGAGUCUCCUUCCUUUUUUCGCUGCUGCUUCAA